AUGGAGGACUCACCUGCACCGACACCCGCCCUAAACGCAGCGAAAACAGUUUCACACACUGGAUUAAAGGAUGACACCGAGACCAACAUCCAAGUAAUCAUACGCUGCAGGCGGCGGUCCGAUCGUGAACAACAUGAGAAUUCUCCCAUCAUCGUCACUACUGAUGCUGCCAAACCGCGUGAAAUUACCAUCGAGAGCGCCAUACCAUCGACCGCCUUAGGUCUUGCUACGCUGCCACCGACAAAGAAAUACGGCUUCGACCUCGUGUUUGGUCCCGAGGCUGAUCAGGCGACGGUUUACCAGGAAGUUGUGCGCCCGAUGUUGGACGAGGUGAUCAAAGGUUACAACUGUACACUAUUUGCCUAUGGGCAAACUGGUACUGGGAAGACAUAUACCAUGCAAGGCGAGCUGGGAAUGACUGUAAUGGGAAACCCGUCGCCACAUGCCGGCAUGAUUCCUCGUGUCCUCUUCAGCCUAUUUCACCAGCUUGAAUCGUCUGCGGCUGACUAUACCGUAAAGGUAUCUUUCGUUGAGCUCUACAAUGAAGAGCUGCGCGAUUUGCUGGCACCUGAACUGGCAUCACCCAUGGGAUCCAUACAGCCCAUGGGACUUGGUGUGCCGAAGGAGAAUGCCGGACAGGGAAACCUGAAGAUCUUCGACGACUCUACUAAGAAAGGAGUGCUCAUCCAGGGACUCGAGGAAUUCUCUGUUAAAGACGCGACCGAUGCACUGGCAUUGCUCGACAAAGGCAGCCAACGCAGGCAGAUUGCCGCCACCAAGUUCAAUGAUCACUCCAGCCGUUCACAUUCCGUCUUCUCCAUCACCGUGCAUUCGAAGGAGAAGUCUUCAAUGGGUGAUGACUUGUUGAGGGUUGGCAAGAUGAAUUUGGUCGAUCUGGCGGGCUCCGAGAACAUCGGACGUUCCGGCGCGGAGAACAAACGAGCGCGCGAGGCAGGACUGAUCAACCAGAGCCUCCUGACGUUGGGCAGAGUGAUUAAUGCCCUUGUCGACAAAUCACCUCAUGUGCCUUAUCGGGAAUCGAAGCUCACGCGCCUUCUACAAGAUUCAUUGGGCGGCAGAACGAAGACAUGCAUUAUCGCUACCAUCUCGCCAGCGCGGUCGAAUAUGGAGGAGACCCUGUCGACUCUAGACUACGCCAUGCGAGCGAAGUCUAUCCAGAACCGACCGGAAAUCAACCAGCGCCUGACGCGCAAUUCGCUCCUCAAGGAGUAUGUGGCGGUGAUUGAUCGUCUGAAAGCGGACCUUCUUGCCGCACGAGAGAAGAAUGGCAUCUACUUCACUCAAGAUUCGUACGAUGAGAUGGCGAUGGAAAAAGAGCUGAAGGAGACAAAUCUCCAGGAGGCGCGAAAGGAGGUGGAGAUCGUAGCAAACCAGCUCAGAAACGUCCGCGAAGAGUUUGAACAGAGCAUCGCCCUACUGGCGACGCGGGACAAUGAGUUGAAGCAGAUACGAGGGAAGUUGACGGAAAAGGAAGGGGAGCUGGAGGCCAAGGAGACGCAACUGAUGGCUGUGAAGGAUGCACUGGAAGAUGAAGUUUUCGUGCGGGAAGCUUACCAGGACGCUGAAGGGAGGCUAGAUGGUGUGGCUACCGGUUUGAAGAAGGUUACAUAUGAAAGUCUGGGCGAUCUCGGGCGGUUGCACAGCAAGCUGGAACGGAAGACAGCGGUCUUUAAUUCCAAUGUUAACACCGUGGCUACAAGCAGCAGUGUCCUCUCGACAGAGACGGAAGCGUUGUCGUCCAAACUGAACACAUUCAUCAAGACGUCAAACGAACACGUGCAGAAGAUACGGACUGAGGCGGAGGAAUUCCAAGCCAAGGAGUGUAAGGCGCUGAAUACAAUCUCACAGCGCAUCUCUCAGCAGCUCGAGAAGAUCCGUGACGCCAUCCAGACUAUUCAUGCCCACGAAGAGGAAUCUGACAAAGCUGUGAACGCCAUCCAGGAUGCGGUACAAGAGACCCAAGACAGCAUCGCUAAGGGCUUCACUACAUGGACAGGGCAGUUACAAAUUCACUGCGAGAAGACCUGCCGGGAGGCAGAAAGCACUUGUUUGACCAACUGUGCUAACGUGGAGACGGCGUUCAGGUCAUUGGGAGACUUCGCCGAGACUAUUCUGCAGGAGGCACAGAAAUAUAUCGCGAAGGAGCUUGAAGUACUGCAGGAAGCGAAGGAUCAAGCGGAGGCCACAACCAACGCAGAGAUCCAGCGCCUGCAGGAGCAGAAUGCCAUGCUGCAGCACCUGGUCGAGUCUGAGAAGCAGAGAUCGGAAGGCGCGAAGGACGAACUUAUCAAGCGUAUCUCGAGCCUUCUAGCAGACUUCACUGGAGGACGUGACCGUAGCCUGAGGGAUACGUUGACCACGCUGACGAAGAGCAAUGAAACGGCGGAAGGAGAGUUGAAGCAAGCAGCGCAGGAACAAGGGCAGCAGCUUGAGAAGGCGACGGCCCGCGGCCAGAAAUGGAACAUUGAUUUGAAGAAACGAGGUAGAGAAGCCAAGAGGACCAGGGAUGGCGGGUUCAAGGCCCUAGAAGAAACACGGACGGCCAUUCGCAACAGCACCUCCAACGUCCAAGCUGCCACCGUCAGCUCUGCUUCAUCCUUCGUCGCUGAGCUGCAGCUGCACACUCAGAGGUUCAGCAUGACGUGCAAUGAUGAGCUCGAGAACGCGUCUCAUGCAAAGCGGGCGCGGAUCGAGAACACGGACAACAUGGCGACAGAGGCCGAGUCUGGCUACCAAUACGUAUGUCACAACAUCGCGUCGACGUCGAAGCACGUCGAUGCUACGUUCACGCGCAUCAUAUCCGAAUCGUCGAGCUUGUCUUCGGCAAGCAAGGCAUUCAGUCAUGCUGCUACGGGCCAUAUCGCCGAGUUGAGCCAGACGACACAGAAGCUGACGGAAGAUGGUAUGCGGGAAGACAGACCCACGACUACGACGCCCCGGAAACGCAGCUGGGAUUACGUCGAUAAGUGGCAACUGACGAAGAAUAGGGAAGCACUUCUGAAGGAGCGGAAAGCUCGCGGCUAUGUCUCACCUGUAAGGCUGGAGGCUGCCAUGGAAGAGCAUAUCUCGCCUCCAGAACAAGACAAUGCGGCCACGGUGGAUGAAAUGCUGGUGGACGAGGUAGCAGUGGACGAUGAGCCUGAAAAGAUGGGAGAGGAGGAGGAGGAGGAGAACCUACCGCUUUCCGAUCCACCGCCGUCUCUGAAGUCCAUGUCUUCCUCGACGUCAUCGGCAUCUUCAGUACCCACUCCACCGCCUGCUGUUGCGACCAAGAGAGCCCCGAACAGGCUGACGCGUAAGUCGGCGAUUCCGGCGAUGGGGAAAUUGACCGAACGACCGGCCAACUUGAUACAACUGUCGAGAACGAAGAGAUUUCAGCGGUGA